AUGACUCCUUAUGAAGCCCUAUAUGGAAGGAAAUGCAGAACACCUCUUUGUUGGGCAGAGGCAGGUGAGAGAAAGGUAAUUGGAUCAGAUCUAGUUGAUGAUGCCACAAGCAAAAUCAGAUUGACCAGGGUUAGGUUGCUAGCAGUUCAAGAUAAGCAGAAGAAGUAUUAUGAUACUAAGCACCGGCCUAUGAAGGGUGUACUUCAUUUUGGGAAGGUUGGCAAACUCAGUCCCUGCUACAUUGGUCCUUUUGAGAUAGUGGAAAGGAUUGGAAAGGUAGCCUAUAGAUUGGCUUUACCCGCUACAUAUGCUGUCCAUAAUGUGUUCCAUGUUUCUUUACUGAUGAAGUAUAUAUCGGAUGAUCCUUUUAAGAUCAUAACGGAAGAUGUGGUCUUACAGUCAGAUCUUAUAUAUGUUGAAGAACCGGAUCGUAUUUUGGAGUUCAGUGUGAAGCAAUUAAGAAGUAGAGAGAUACCGUUCAUGAAAGUUCUAUGGAAGCAUGGAUUGGAAAAGAAUGCAAUGUGGGAGGAGUCAGAAAUGAGGAAAUGCUAUCAUCAUCUCUUUGAGUAA